AUAAGCUGUACGAAAGGAUAUUUUUCCUGUCAUUGUUGUAGUUUGAUAAGUAUGAUUACUCCUACGUGCCAUACAAAAUCGUAUAUAAAUAUGUGGCGAUUUUCAGCUGCAAUUUACGGCAACCAUCGAGCAGAAGACAACAUUCAUAAUCUUGAAGUUUUGUUUUAGGCCGAAGACUUGUAACAUACAAUUCAAGAUGAGGAAAUUCUCGUUUUGUUUCUUGUUCGUUGUGUUGCCAUCAGUACUUUCUGCUUCACUGUCAACUAACAACAAUCAGAGCCUACAAGCUUUCCUGAAGAAUAUGAUUGUAGAAGUCAAAGAUCGCACUGCCGUGGACGGAGGUAAUGAAGCUAAAAAUUCACUCGCGCAUGACGAAACGGAAGUGCAAGACGAUGAAACGGAAGUGGAAGGUGUUCCACCUGGCAUGGGUGCCCUUGGAUGUCAGGCCAGGUACACAGCAUUUCAUGUUUAUUUGAGCAGUUCAAGAUGCUACCAUACAGGCGCCAUCAUCCAAUUCAACCAAGUGCUACUGAACUCAUAUAACAGGUAUAAUGUUCACACGGGCGUCUACACUGUGCCAUCUACAGGAUAUUACGUUUUCACGUGGACAGUUGCUGCGAAACACAAGUCAUGGUUCUCGGCAGAAUUGAGGGUCAACGGUGCCCUCAGAGGAACUGUAAUGGCUGAUUCGGAUGUUGGUGGACGGUCCUCCGGUAUUCAUCCUGCAACUGGUUUUGUUAUAACUCGGGUAACAAGUAACCAACAUGUGUACAUAAGGUUCGUCUCGGGGUAUGGAUGCACCUUAUUAAGCAACUGUAGAACGCGCGCGACAUUUUCAGGAUGGCGAAUGUAUUGAGCUAUGCAAAAAUUGGAAAUGGAAACCAGCGUCUAUCAAUCUACUUGAAAGACCCUGUAGAAAUUAAUAAAGUAUACUGAAUGAGUAUAGGUUCAAUACUGAAUUUAUUAAACAACAUGAAUAAAAAUAUUACAUGCGUGCCUAUGGCUAGCAUAAUAUUAUUUUUUUACUACGAGUUCAAUAAAUUUGAGUAAUAAACCUACACGGAUAUUAUAUUUAUCACAUAUCCGAAAUUUGAACUAUCAACAGUAAAAAAAAAUCACCUUUUCAUUGACGCGCCUAGUGUUACAUAAAUAUUUAGCGCAUUUUUACGCAUUGUUUGUAUAACGGAAAUCAGUUUCAAAUAGAUAUACACGGCCAUGCAAAAGCAAAUUAAUAAAUCGCAAAAGCGAUACGGGCUUGUGAUAAAAUAAUUUAUUUACAUAGUCGUUUCUACUAUAUUUCUGCUCUCCUUGAAAACAGUCGAAUAUUUUACAGUCCAUUAAAGCGUAAAUAAACGUAAUGUGCAUUAUAUCAUACCAAUAUGAAGUGUGCCUUAUAUCGUAGCUAAAACAUCUUCAUCUUAACAUUAAAUGUUUCAAAAUUUGUAUUAAAAGUUUAAGCAAAGGUUUUGAUAUUGAAAAUGUUCUAGAAAAAAUAAAAAAAUUCCAAACGAAAGAAAGUUAAACUUAGUCUUAAGGGUUUAUGAACAUGUUUAUAUCUAAAUCACCGACAAUGCACUUGAAAAUAUUAAUCAUAUCAUUGUUCUUUGUGAAUAAACUAUUAUAUUAUAA